AUUUUUUUACAUUUUUUGUGCGAAAAAAUGGAUUUUUCUUUUUUUAAACUAUCUGGAUUUUUUCUAUACAUAAUUUAUCUUGGAAAUUUGAGCAAAAUCAUCGCUGCACCAUCAAAAAGGUGCAACAAAAACAAUGAAUAUUUUGAAGAACUCGUGAAUCGUUGCUGUACAAAUUGCCAACCAGGUUCCUAUCUGAAGCAUCGCUGCUCUCUCUUCAAUGACACUGUAUGUGCUCCCUGCCAGAAGGAUCACUACACUGAUAUCUGGCACCACAGCUCUGAGUGUGAGCGCUGCAGACAGGACUGCAAACAAGAGAAUGGUUUAGUUGUGGUGCAGAGCUGUUCCAGCAGCAGUCAGCUAGUCUGCGAUUGUAAACCAGGCCACUCCUGUGAAAUACGUACCUUUAGCGGCUCCUGCCUCAGCUGCGCUGCAAACAUAGGCAACCAGGUGACCACUUCCUCUCCUGAAAAAACAACUUUCUGUGGACCUGGUAUGUUCUUAAAUGGGUCUUCCGGUAUGUGUCAACAGCAUAAAAACUGUGUGGCACUGGGGAAAGAGCUGGCUGUCGAAGGCAAUGCUACAGAAGACAGUCUCUGCAUUCAGAAGGAAAAACAAAAGCCAGAUCGAUUUUCAGAUUUUGCCUUGUUGGUCACUGUUGUGGGGGCCAGCGUUAUGAUUUUUUUGGGGGUGAUCGCAAUGUUAUUAUCAAAAAAAAUAAAACUGCUUGGAUUCAAACGAGUUUUCAAAUCAUGCAAAACAAAAGAGAAAGAGGUUAUUAGUGGCAUUGCACAGGUCCAGGAGACUCAAACAGAUGACAAGCUCUUAACCAGUGGGAUGCCUUCAUCAACAGAGAGCUUGACCAAUCAUGCAGCAGCAGGCUUGCAGAAAGACCACCCCCAAGUAGGGCCUGAGGGAGGCAAUUGGUCCAGCGGGGUCUUACCACAAACAGCCAAUCAGAGGGCAGAGAGCCAGCCUGCCAGAAACAACAUGCCCACAGAUCCAACUAAUGGGCUGCUAGGUCCUCUACAUAUCUAUAGCCCAGGCACAGUGUUUGUGGGGUUGAUAAACAAUGUCCCAGGGCACUCGGCUGAGACGAGACGCGGAGGGGCCACUCAGGGGGACAGUCUGGGAGAUGUGCUUCGAUUCCCUCAGCAGGAGCAGGGGCUGUUGAGCAGGGGAGAGGGGCGACCCCUGCAGGAGGAGGGCAAGGAGAGCCACUUGUCCAGAGAGGAGGGGCAGGCACAUCCUGGGUCAUUUCAGUUUAGCAUGUCAAUCACUGGAGUUUGAAUGAUGACACAGGAAGUGAUUAGGUACCAGGAAGC